CUGUGGGAGAGGAUAAAGGGUCAGAUAGAGACUUGUUGGGACAAACACUCCUCUCAGACCUCAACAGUCAUCACCUCAGCACAGGUAAGAGACUCAAUUCUCCUACUCCACUUAAAGUAAUCUACUAUACACAAACUUGAAUGAUACAAUAGUACUUGUCUGAUGUACUAGAUAAAAAACACUUCAUGAAAACCAGUACUUUCUUCAGUAAAUAAACUAAUACUCAAUUUAAUACAUUUUGUGACAGGUUGCAUUUGCAUCCAAUAUGCAACAGAAAGUCAGAUCGCAGACAUCCAGAGAAAUCGUUCUAUUUAACUGAUACAUUGUAUUUUUAAAAAAUUAAGAAAUGUGUCUUCUGUUAGAAGGAAGAUUAAUUUUGGGAUUAAUAAAUAACUUAUUAGCAUGAAUCCGGUUGCUUCUGUCCGAAGAUCCUGUAUCUAAGGGGAGAACUUUGCCCAAUGAAAGACUGGUUCACAUUAAAGUUCUAGCAGACAUGAGAUCAAAUGGCAACAUAUUAAUGACUUGUUAAAAUGUUGAUGGUGCUGCUGCAUUCUCAUACACUAGUCAUGUGACUAGAGGGAAACCGAGACUCCUGGCCUGGGAUGGUGCUGUUGAUAAAUCACAUUUAGGGCCAGUUUCAUAGACAGAGAUUAAGCCUAGACCGGAACAUGCUUUUUAGUCCAGCACUAGACUUAAUCAUUGUCUGGGAAACUCACCCUUUGUUUUAAAAACAUUAACUCAGGUAGCAUUCUGCCUCUCAAUCUUGUUAUAUCUUUCCUGGUCACGGGGACGUUUAUGGCCCUGUGGGUAGCAGGUGAAAGUUGUCAAAGUAAAUAAAGACAGUGACUGAUAAACAGCAAAAAGGAACAACCUGGUCAUGAUGGUCAUAAAAUCUAGGCUUGGUUUCAUCCAGUGACACUUCUCCAGUUCACUGGAAGCCAGCAAGCUACUAGAGAAGAGGGCAUAAACAAAUACUGUAUCAACAUAACAAUUCUAAACUAUAUGUCUGUGUGCCUUAUGGAGGUAAAAAAAAUGUAUGCACUCACUAACUGUAAGUCGCUCUGGAUAAGAGCAUCUGCUAAAUGACUAAAAUUUUUAAAAAAAUGUAAAUGUAUUUACUAUGAUACUAAAGUACACACCAAAAAACUAGGCUUGGUCUCGUCCAGUGACACUUUCCCACAAAGCCCACAAGCUACUGGAGAAAAGGACCAUAAAGAUAUUAUGGGUCUUGAUAGCUAAGUCUGUAUCUCAUGGAGGUGUUUUCUAUGCUACUGAAGGUCAGUGACUGUCAGGAACAUUCCGAUAAGACUAAUCGACUGUUCCAGUAAUACCAAUGGCUGUAAAAUACCUCUAGUAAUAAAACAUCAAUCAACUCUGAGUGCGUCCCAAAUGGCCCUUUAUUCCCUAUUUAGUGCACUACUUUUGACCAAGGGACUACUUUUGACAGUUAUCUGCCCAGUAGCUCCGACUUCAAGUAAAGAGAUGGACUGGUACUAUCUUGCAAGGUGUGAAAGCCGUGUUACCAGUCUAAGGGUUUUUGAGGGAUGUGGGACUGACAGUUGAAAUAAAGAAGUUAGCGUCAUGAAGAUGUUGUGAUUGGUAAGUCUUCUUAGAAUUUGACUGGCAAACACAACAUGGGCACAUAGUAGAAUACACAGUUUUACAAAAUGUAAACGUAGUUGUCUUUUCUGAUUGUUAAUUUCAACCACAAACCCAGUUUAUUGCUAAAUGAAAACAAAUAAAAUGCUAUAUUUAGACAGCAUUGCUUUCGCCCCAUAACCGUCUCUUUCUCCCUGGUUAAUGUGUAACUAAAAUGGACGCUGGCGUGGAGGCCCUGUGCCAUUGUAACAUGAUUCAGACAAGCCUGGUUUAACAUCCUGUGAUCUUGUAACCAGACAGGUUGGCUGUCUAGUUAAAACACUACAAUUGUAUGAACAUACACACACACACUGGCCUGAAACCAUAGCUGACUACGUAUUCUGUAUGUCCAAGUGUAUCUCCUAAACCAGGACUGCCCAACCCUGCUCCUGGAGAGCCACCGUCCUGUAGGUUUUUGCUCCAACCCUAAUCUAGCACACCUGAUUCUAAUAAUUAGCAGGUUGAUAAGAUGAAUCAGGUUAGUAACACCUGGGGUUGGAGCGAAAACCUACAGAAGGGUAGCUCUCCAGGAACAGGGCUGGGCAACCCUGUCCCUAAACUCACUGUUGAAGUUUUGUUUUGUUGUUCAAGAGAAGGAAACAACAGACGGUGAAGAUGUGUUGCUCCGGGUUUCUCAAGAUUAUGAUGUUCAUCUUCAAUGGAGCCAUCUUUGUAAGUUUAAACCUUUAUUCAGCUAACAUUCAAUAAUCCCCCCUCCCCAUCUCCUAUAUUCCAUCUCUAUACUAACAUCAAAACAGUCGAGAGAAAGCAUAUUAUGCUAAAAACAGAAGCUAUUAUAUUCACUUGAAGGCUCUGAAUUAAGUUGUCACUUCCCCUGUCCUCUGUAGCACUCGGAACAUGUAGAUGUCCACACAACCGCCAUUUUGAACCCAAGCCUCCUGACCUGUUAGGGUUAAUAACCCCUUAGAUAUUUUCAAGGUCAUUCAGGUUUUUCAGAGAGCGAACAGGAUAAGAAAGUGCACUUCAGAACAACAAUGUGUCACAUCCAAGUUCCACGGUGACCAUAAAUGACUCAUAUCUUUGUGAGGAUAGAUUUGUGUACUGAGGAAAACUUUACCUAUAUACUCUAUCUGGUUAGAAUAUUUCCCAGAAUUAAUAUUGCUUGUCAUUUUUAGUCACAGUAGAUGAAUAACCUGCCUUGUCAUACUUGCUAAUUACUGUGGGUUUGGGAUUUACAUUAUUAUUAUUUUUUUAAAGGUAAUGGUUGCGUAGAUUACCACAUUUUGUAUGAUGUUGACAACACUUUCCCCACUUAUACUCAGCUUUUCUCCACGAUGCAUUCUUAUGAUAUGCUUUGGAGUUUUCAGAGUAUUGAAAGUAUACUCCCUGUGCUCUUCAUCAACAUUGUCCCAAACACUAAAUCUACCCCCUCCCCCUAUUUCUCCUCUUUCUCUCUCCCUGUUGUGUGUAUCAGUUGGCGGGUGUGGCCAUCCUGGCGGUGGGGGUGUGGGUGAAGGUGGACAGUGGCUCUCUACUGGGCGUGUUAGACAACAUUGAGGAUGCCCCAGCAGAACUGGGCCAGCUGGCUAACGUGGCCUACCUGCUCAUUGGGGUUGGAGUUGUCCUGCUGAUCAUGGGCUUCCUAGGGUGCUGUGGAGCCAUGAAGGAGUCCAGGUGUAUGCUGAUGCUGGUGAGUCACCUUUGACCAUUGAACAUAAAUAUUCAUACAUCGAUUUAAUACAAAUACCAACUUGACUUUUACUCUGUUUAUUUUUGAAUUUACAUACUGGUAUGGAAAGAUUCAUUCAAUAUUUGUUCCUUUUUUUCUUCUCCUCCUUUUAUUGAUGAUGAUAAAGAACUGGAAAGAAACAAAAUGGCGACAGACAAGCAUACAGUGACCCAUUACCAAGCAAAAGGUAAUGGGUCAAAACUAUCACUAUGACAUUAGGUCAAAAGUCUAUAAAUAUAUAAUUGUGUACCCUACCGGUCAAAAGUUUUAGAACACUUACUCAUUCAACGGUUUUUCUUUAUUUUUACUAUUUUCUACAUUGUAGAAUAAUAGUGAAGACAUCAAAACUAUGAAAUAACACAUAUGGAAUCAUGUAGUAACCAACAAAGUAUUAAACAAAUCAAAAAUAUUUUAUAUUUGAGAUUCUUCAAAUAUCCACCCUUUGCCUUGAUGACAGCUUUGCACACUCUUGGCAUUCUCUCAACCAGCUUCACCUGGAAUGAUUUUCCAACAGUCUUGAAGGAGUUCCCACAUAUGCUGAGCACUUGUUGGCUGCUUUUCCUUCACUCUGCGGUGUGGAGGCCAGGUCAUCUGAUGCAGCACUCCAUCACUCUCCUUCUUGGUCAAAUAGCCCUUACACAGCCUGGAGGUGUGUUGGGUCAUUGUCCUGUUGAAAAACAAAUGAUAGUCCCACUAAGCCCAAACCAGAUGGGAUGGUGUAUCGCUGCAGAAUGCUGUGGUAGCCAUGCUGGUUAAGUGUGCCUUGAAUUCUAAAUAAAUCACAGACAGCGUCAUCAGCAAAGCGCACCCACACCAUAACAACCUCCUCCUCCAUGCUUUACGGUGGGAAAUACACAUGCAGAGAUCAUCCGUUCACCCACACCGCCGCAUCUCACAAAGUCACGGCGGUUGGAACCAAAAAAUCUCAAAUUUGGACUCCAGACCAAAGGACACAUUUCCACUGGUCUAAUGUCCAUUGCUCGUGUUUCUUGGCCUAAGCAAGUCUCUUCUUCUUAUUGGUGUCCUUUAGUAGUGGUUUAUUUGCAGCAAUUCGACCAUGAAGGCUUGAUUCACACAGUCUCCUCUGAACAGUUGAUGUUGAUGUGUCUGUUACUUGAACUCAGUGAAACAUUUAUUUGGGCUGCAAUUUCUGAGGCUGGUAACGCUAAUGAACAUAUCCUCUGCAGCAGAGGUAACUCUGGGUCUUCCAUUCCUGUGGCGGUCCUCAUGUGAGACAGUUUCAUCAUAGCGCUUGAUGGUUUUUGCGACUGCACUUGAAGAAACUUUCAGUUCUAGAAAUGUUCAGAAUUGACUGACCUUCAUGUCUUAAAGUCAUGAUGGACUGUCAUUUAUCUUUGCUUAUUUGAGCUGUUCUUGCCAUAAUCUGGACUUGGUCUUUUACCAAAUAGGGCUAUCUUGACCUUUGACAUAAUGUCAUAGUGAUAGUUUUGACCCAUUAUCUUUUGCUUGGUAAUUGGUCACUGUAUGCUUGCCUGUCGCCAUUUUUAUUCUUUCCAGUUAUUUAUCAUCCUGAUCACAAAAUGAUGUUGUAUGUUGAUAGCCAAUACAAUUAUAUUUAUAGAAUUUUGACCUGAUGUCAUAUUGGUCAUAGUUUUGACCCCUUUUUAAACAUUUUUUAAAAAAUCAAACCCUUAACCAUUGUAUGCUUGUCUGUUCCUUUCCAGUUCUUUAUCAUCAUCCUGAUCAUAUUCAUUGCAGAGGUGGCUGGGUGCAUUCUGGUCCUAGUCUUCCAACCACUGGUAGGUAGCUAUUAACACGGGCCCUGGUCAAAAGCAGUGCACUAAUUAGUAAAUAGGGUGAACGUUUGAAACUUUAUUUGGCUAUGCUGGUGGUGGUUUUGUUCAUGUUGGCAGAUGAAAACAGUUUUUAUACAGUUAUAAAUCACAUUGCCUAAUGUUGGGACAGUAAAGCUUUUAUGAAUUUGUGGAAAUGAGUUUGUGUUAUGUUUGUAUGUUUUAGGCUAAGGAAAUUCUUGAGGACCUUAGUGAGAAGGUUGUUGCCAGCAUUAAAAAAGACUAUGGGAAUGAUGGGAGCCUGACUUCACUAUGGAAUGGCACCAUGGAACAGGUAUACUUCAUUCAUUCAUUCAUACUACUAUAUUAAGUAGUGAAUCUAUUGCCACUAUGCCAGUGGAUGUUAUUAGCUCACAUUUGUAUACUCAAGAAAUACAUAUGUUCUUAUACAGAUUAUUUACAGGUUUCAGAGAAGGCAGUGGUGCUUUGCUAAGCUAGUUGCUUACUGUGUUCUGUAGAUGCUACCAUGUAAUAAUGAUUUGUCUUUGUGCUUCCCUCCUAGUUCAAGUGCUGUGGAUUCCGCAAUUACACAGACUUCGAUGGAUCUCCCUUUCAAGGGAACCCAACUAUCUCUGUUUACCCACUCACAUGUUGCAAGAACACUGCCACUUGCAUGGAACCAGCUGCGGAGUCUUCGGUACAGAUAUCUAAUAAUACAGUACAGGGUCAUCCUAUGUGCUUUGUUUAGAUCAGGAGUGUUUCCUUACACUGGUACCUGACCAGGUAAAACUCUGGGUCCUUGGACUUGACCAUUCUUGGUGGGGUCACGAAAAACUCCUUCCCCUGGCUAGGUUUGACAUUUAAUAGCCUGUGUUUGUGUGUUUUUAAUCAAUGAAUCCCCUAUCUACAUCUAUCUAAUUCUAAUACUGUAGUACUGUUUCUUCCCCAGGAAGUCAUUGGCUGCUUUAAUAUGUUGCUGAACCUGAUCGAGGACAACGCUGUCAUCAUUGGAGCUGUGGGACUGGGCAUCGCUGCCCUUGAGGUACAGUACCUGUUACAAUACUAUCUGCAUCCCAAAUACCAUCCUAUAGCAUCCUAUUCCCUACAUACAGUGCUUUCGGAAAGUAUUCAGACCCCUUGACUUUUUCCACAUUUUGUUACGUUACAGCCUUAUUCUAAAAUUGAUUAAAUUGUUUUCCAACCCUCAUCAAUCUACACACAAUACCCCAUAAUGACAAAGCCAAAACAGGUUUUUAGAAAUGUUUGCUAAAUUAUUAUUAUUUUUAAACGGAUAACAUAUUUACAUCAUUAUUCAACCCUUUACUCAGUACUUUGUUGAAGCACCUUUGGCAGCGAUUACAGCAUAGAGUAUUCUUGGGUAUGACGCUACAAGCUUGGCACACCUGUAUUUGGGGAGUUUCUCCCAUUCUUCUUUGCAGAUCCUCUCAAACUCUAUCAGGUUAGAUGGGGAGCGUUGCUGCACAGCUAUUUGCAGGUCUCUCCAGAGAUGUUCGAUCGGGUUCAAGUCCGGGCUCUGGCUGGGCCACUCAAGGACAUUCAGAGACUUGUCCCAAAGCUACUCCUGCGUUGUCUUGGCUGUGUGCUUAGGGUGAACCUUCGCCCAAGUCUGAGGUCCUGAGCGCUCUGGAGCAGGUUUUCAUCAAGGAUCUCUCUGUACUUUGCUCCGUUCAUCUUUGUCUCGAUCCUGACUAGUCUCCCAGUCCCUGCCGCUGAAAAAACAUCCCCACAGCAUGAUGCUGCCACCACCAUGCUUCACCGUAGGGAUGGUGCCAGGUUUCCUCCAGACGUGACGCUUGGCAUUCAGGCCAAAGAGUUCAAUCUUGGUUUCAUCAGACCAGAGAAUCUUGUUUCUCAUGGUCUGAGAGUCGUUUAGGUGCCUUUUGGCAAACUCCAAGUGGGCUGUCGUGCCUUUUACUGAGGAGUGGCUUCCGUCUGGUCACUCUCUACCAUAAAGGCCUGAUUGGUGGAGUGCUGCAGAGAUGGUUGUCCUUCUGGAAGGUUCUCCCAUCUCCACAGAGGAACUCUAGAGCUCUGUCAGUGACCAUCGGGUUCUUGGUCACUGCCCUGACCAAGGCCCUUCUCCCCCGAUUCCUCAGUUUGGCCGGGCGGCCAGCUCUAGGAAGAGUCUUGGUGGUUCCAAACUUCUUCCAUUUAAGAAUAAUGGAGGCCACUGUGUUCUUGGGGAUCUUCAAUGCUGCAGACAUUUUUUGGUACCCUUUCCCAGAUCUGUGCCUCGACACAAUCCUGUCUCUGAGCUCUACGGACAAUUCCUUCGACCUCAUGGCUUGGUUUUUGCUCUGACAUGCACUGUCAACUGUGGGACCUUAUAUAGACAGGUGGGUGCCUUUCCAAAUCAUGUCCAAUCAAUUGAAUUUACCACAGGUGGACUCCAAUCAAGUUGUAGAAACAUUUCAAGGAUGAUUAAUGGAAACAGGAUGCACCUGAGCUCAAUUUCGAGUCUCAUAGCAAAGGGUCUGAAUACUUAUGUAAAUAAGGUAUUUCUGUUUUUUAUUUUUUAUACAUUUGCAAACAUUUCUAAAAAAUCUGUUUUCGCUUUGUUAUUAUGGGGUAUUGUGUUUAGAUUGCUGAGAUUUUAUUUAAUCAAUUUUAGAAUAAUGUGGAAAAAGUCAAGGGGUCUGAAUACUUUCGAAGGCACUGUAGUUCACAACGUUUGACCAGAGCCCUAUGGGCCCUGUUCAUGAGUAGUGCACUAUAAAGGUAAUAGAAUGCCAUUUGGGCCCUAGUCAACAGUAGUAGUGCCAUUUGGAACGUAACUAUUAUAUUGUGUUAACACUUGUGACCUGUCAUCGUUUCAGAUUGCCGCCAUGGUGGUGUCAAUGGUUCUCUACCAACAGAUUGGUAACAAAUAGCACUGACAUCCAUGACUAUCAAUGACCACGCCUGUUUAAUCAUCAUCAUGGCAUCACCUUGACACCUUCAGUCGACAUGUUUAAUUUCAAACACCAAAGAUGUAUUAAAAUAUUUCAGUUAUAAAAGAAAAACAGCCUUGUUCAAAACCCUGUUGUGAAUCAAUCAGCUCCAUGGUAUAUCAACAAUAUCUGUGCACAUAUACUGUAUAGAGCCUACUGUACGCAUUCAGUUCAUAUUUUAUGAUGUUUAAAUUAGAUUCCUUUAUCGCUGUAUCCUUAUUUGUUUCUUGCACAAGCUGAAAACUUUACAUGAAUGUAUGACGUUUUGUGUUGAGAAAAGUGAUUGCUGUAACUGGCAAGACAUUUGAUUAGUUUUUUGUUGUUGUUAUUUCUUCAGCUGUCUUGAAUGGAUAUACAGUGUCUCUUUUUGUACAUAUAAAUAUUGAAGUUUAGAAAUUACCACAUAACAUUUGACUUGUUUUAUUUCUUGUUCUAUUCUUUACCAGGAAAUUAUUAAAAUGUUCUUAUUUGCAAUAGUUUCUAAAUCAUAUUUACCUAAAGUUGGUAUCUACUAGGCUACUCUUUUUAAAACCCUGCUGAAGACAAUACUUUUAUUAAGAUGCUUUUAAUGUAUGAUUUUUAAUGAAUUAUUUUAAUUAGCUAUUUAUUUUUCAUUAUCCUUCCUCCUGUCUUUGUUUCUUUGUUAGUACUUUUAUUUUAUGAUAUGAAGCACUUUUACCUGUAUUGACAGCCUGGACUCAUAGACUAGACAUAACAUAGU